UGUGUAAAGAACAGAUGGUGGCAGCAGUGAGACAUGAUGUCUGCAGAGAAUUACACAGCAGAAGGAGGAAGUGACAGAAGAAGAAGAGGGGGAUUGUGCUAAAUUUGAGUAAAACAUUUACAGUGCUUCUAUGCUCUGGUUAUAGUAUGUCUACUGUUUACUGUUACGCUGGUUUAAUUAGACUUUAAGACACAGCUUGAGACUGUAGAGAUGAAGUGAACAGUGGCGCGCAGCGUGUCAUCCUCCACAGAAACUUCAUGCUGCAAACUUGGAUGACACAGAUUGGGAUGAAGACAGCCAGAGUGAUGCUGGAACAGAACCAUCACAGUCACCAUGCAGUUAUUCUCCUCCUGUAGGACCUGCUGACAUUUCCCAGUGCAGAGCAGAGAGUCCUGUGCAGCCAUCAAAGAAUUAUUCUGCUCCCCUUGGACCUGAUGGUUUUCACAGGACAAACAGCUCCUCUCAGCGUCCAACGUUAUCAGCUGACCAUUCAUGAACUCCUGUAGAGGGGGGCAUAAUGGCGAAACUUAAAGAGGAGCUCUUGAAUACUCUGGAAGACUUAAAAGAAGAUGAGUUUAAGAAGUUCAAGUGGUUCCUGGAGCUGGAUGACAUCCUGGAGGGCUUUAAACACAUCCCAGUGGCUCAGCUGGAGAAAGCAGGAAGGGAGGAAACAGUGGAUCUAAUGGUACAGAAACAUCAGGAUCAUGGAGCUCUGCAGCUGACCAUGAAGGUUUUAGAAAAGAUCAGCAGGAAGGAUCUGGUGCAGCGUUUACAAAACUCCCCCUCAGGACCAAAAGCAGAAACUGGUCUGCAGGAUGUUUCAGAUUAUAAGAACAGUCUGAAGUUGAGAUGUCAAGAAGUGACUGAAGGAAUUGAUGAAGAUGAAAGAACCCUCCUCAAUGAUAUCUACACUGAGCUCUACAUCACAGAGGGACGGAGUGAAGACGUUAAUACCCAACAUGAGGUGUGGCAGCUUGAGACAGCUUCCAAGAUGAAGACCCGCCAUGACACUCCAAUCAAGUGUCACGACAUCUUUAAACCCUUACCUGACAAACAGAAAUACAUCAGAGUUGUUCUGACGAACGGCGUCGCUGGCGUUGGAAAAACCUUCUCAGUGCUGAAGUUCACUCUGGACUGGGCAGAGGACUUGAAAAACCAAGAUGUCAGUCUGGUGAUUCCACUUUCAUUCAGGGAGCUGAACUUGAUCAAAGAUGAGCAGUACAGUCUCCUCAUGUUGAUCCAUGAGUUCCAUCCAACAUUGAAGAAGGUCACAGCAGAGAAGCUCGACUCUAAAGACUGUAAAGUUGUGUUCAUCUUUGACGGCCUGGAUGAAAGCAGACUUUCACUGGAUUUCAACAACAGGAAGGAGGUCGUGUCUGAUGUCACACAGAAGUCAUCAGUCAACGUGCUGUUUACAAACCUCAUCAAGGGGAAUCUGCUUCCCUCGGCUCUCAUCUGGAUAACUUCCCGACCUGCAGCAGCCAAUCAGAUCCCUCUGACAUGUGUUAACAGGGUAACAGAAGUACGAGGCUUCACUGACGACCAGAAGAAGGAGUACUUCAGGAAGAGAUUCAUUCUGGAGUACAUGUUGACUACAGACCAGAGAGGAGAGCUGCCCAAGACUCUGACUGACCUGUACUCACACUUCCUGCUGGUUCAGACAAAGAGGAAGAGGCACAAGUAUGAUGAAGGACAGGAGACGAGUCCACAGGUUCCAACAAAGAGGAAGAAGUAUGAUGAAGGACAUGAGACGAGUCUGCAGGAGCUGACGGAGGCUGACAGGGAACUUCUUCUGAAGCUGGGGAGGAAGUCAUCCUUGGAUGAGUUACCGUAG